UAUCCAUUCUUUCUGGACCAACAAGAAAGUCAUCACACGACUCUCUCUCUCUCUCUCUCUCUCUCUCCGGGCUUCCAACUAAGACCAGAAAGUGCAUGACCUAUUCUGUUUCAUAUGUAUAUGUAAUGUUCUCCCGAACUUGUGGCGAGAUCUGAGGAAUAAGCUUUGGCUUUCAGCAAGAUGAUGCGCCGUUUGAGCUUCUACGAGAGGUUUUCUCGAGCUUUCCAGGACCAUCCUUCCCUGGUCAAGCUGCUUGUUGUCUUCACCGUCAGUGGUGGGGGUGUUGUGGCGUAUUCUGAAUCAAAAUCAUAUGAUGGCAUGGGCAUAGUUAAUUCAUCUGAGGCUGAAGGCAAGAAAAAGCGAGUGGUAGUACUUGGAACUGGUUGGGCUGGAACAAGUUUUCUGAAGAAUCUGAAAAAUCCAUCCUACGAUGUUCAGGUGAUAUCACCUCGUAAUUAUUUUGCAUUCACUCCUCUAUUACCUAGCGUUACGUGUGGAACAGUGGAAGCUCGCAGCAUUGUGGAGCCAAUUCGCAAUAUCAUUAGAAAGAAAGAAGUGGAUAUUCGUUACUCGGAGGCAGAAUGUAUAAAAAUUGAUGCACAAAAUAAAAAGGUUUAUUGCCGAUCAAAUCAAGGUACGAAUUUGAACGGGGAUGAGGAAUUUGUUGUUGACUAUGAUUACCUUGUUAUAGCCAUGGGAGCACGUGCUAAUACGUUCAAUACUCCUGGUGUUGUGGAGAACUGCCAUUUCUUGAAGGAAGUUGAAGAUGCCCAGAAGAUACGCAGGUCUGUCAUUGACUGUUUUGAAAGGGCCAGCUUACCUACCCUUAAUGAUGAAGAUAGGAAGAAAAUUCUUCAGUUUGUCAUUGUUGGUGGAGGCCCAACUGGUGUUGAAUUUGCUGCAGAACUUCACGAUUUUGUUAAUGAAGAUAUAGUAAAAUUAUACCCUAAGGUCAAAGAUUUGGUGAAAAUAACACUGCUUGAGGCUGGAGAUCAUAUUCUGAACAUGUUUGACAAAAGAAUUACAGCUUUCGCAGAAGAAAAAUUCCAAAGGAAUGGCAUUGAUGUGAAGACAGGGUCAAUGGUUGUAAAGGUGUCUGAUAAAGAAAUUUCCACCAAAGAAAGAAGUGGAGAAACCUCUUCCAUGCCAUAUGGAAUGGUUGUCUGGUCAACUGGCAUUGGGACUCGUCCAGUUGUAAUGGACUUUAUGAAGCAAAUUGGCCAGACAAACAGGCGUGCACUAGCAACCGAUGAAUGGCUCCGUGUGGAGGGAUGUGAUAAUGUAUAUGCACUAGGAGACUGUGCCACAAUUAAUCAACGCAAAGUCAUGGAAGAUAUUUCCGUGAUAUUCAGCAAAGCAGACAAGGACAACUCUGGAACGCUGACGGUUACAGAAUUCCAAGAAGUGAUUGAUGACAUCUGCCAAAGAUACCCUCAAGUUGAACUUUAUCUAAAGAAUAAACAGAUGGGCAGUAUUGCAGAUCUAUUACAGGAACCUAAAGGAGAUGUUCCGAAAGGAGCCAUUGAAUUGAAUAUUGAAGAAUUCAAAAGAGCUGUGUUGCAUGUUGACUCCCAAAUGAAAAAUCUUCCAGCUACUGCCCAGGUUGCAGCUCAGCAGGGUGCCUACCUGGCUAAGUGCUUUAACCGUAUGGAAGAGGCUGAGAAAAAUCCGGAAGGCCCUCUCCGGUUUAGGGGAGAAGGUCGCCAUCGUUUUCGUCCCUUCAGGUACAAGCAUUUGGGACAAUUUGCUCCACUGGGUGGAGAACAAACUGCUGCGCAGCUUCCCGGGGACUGGGUCUCAAUUGGCCAUAGCUCCCAGUGGCUAUGGUAUUCUGUGUAUGCAAGCAAGCAAGUAAGCUGGCGUACAAGGGCCUUGGUUGUAACCGACUGGACCAGGCGUUUUGUGUUCGGCAGGGACUCAAGUCGCAUAUGAUCAAAGGCAGCUAAUUCCCGCAGUUGGCCUUUUAGUUUCUCUAUGUUUUUUAACCCUGCCAAGUGCCAAAUUUUGUUUUCCUUUCUUUGGUUGGUUGCCCGGUUCCCGAGAAUUUAUAAACAUUCAUAUUGAGAUGUAAUAAAUCUGUUGUAAGCUCUUUGUUGGUGCAUAUGAACUUUGUUUUCUUUUAUAUAUUUUUUUAGGAACGGUAUAUCUGAACUUUGUUGAUAAUUUCUGUAUCAAAAUUAUUUAUGAAAAUGGUUUCGUUUACUAUUUCUCAUGUUA